UCGAGGUUAGAACUCGUGGCGGCAGGAUGACCUUCACCGUACUCGUCCGUUUGUUGGUGGUUGUCUGUGGUCUCGUUUUGGCGGUCACCGGCGGUGUUUCGCAGCAGCGGACGGAGAGUAAAAAGUACGACAUUAGCUUCUACAGCCCGGAUACCAACAGAACGUACCAAUAUCCGGUGGUGACGUUCGGAGGGCAGGAUGGGGACCAAACGCGCCAUGAAGGAAACGGGAAUGCUUGUUCCUGCCAGUACCUGCAGUGUGGAUGCUGCAUGGGAAUGAACAUUCAGCAGCUGAAUUUUAGUCAGAUUUUCUGCACCAACUUGACCUACGACCCGUACGACUUCGCCAUCAACAUGGAGGUGCUGAUGAACGAGUCCAGCAUCUACCAAAACUCAAUAUCGGCCAAAAACCCACCACCCCUCUGUCUACCGGUGCCGAUCCCGUACAUCCCACUGAACGCCGACCUCUGCCUGCGACUGUUCGACAUCUACACGCCCCGGGUGAGGAAUCUGCACGCCUGCAUGGACAUCGAGGCCCGUGUUUGGCGCUAUCCGCUGCUCAUUCUGCACUUUGACUGCAUGCGCAUGGGCCAGGACGGAUUUGCACUGCUCAAACCCGAAGACGGCGACGGGUUGGAGGAGGUGUUCUACCCGGAAACGGAAACCCAGGUUUCGGUUGACGUUUACGAUGAGGUGACGGAAGUGAGGGCGGGGUCGUGAUUGUUUUGGAUUGCCAUAAAGAAGAUUGAAAGGAUGCU